AUGUCUGCUGGUUCAGUCAUCUGGAAGCCCUCUGCGCCAGAUCUUCCACCUCCUCGUCUCCAGUUUCGUUCUACAGACAAUGUCGUCUUUCACGUCCACGAUUCACUCCUUUUGCCACAGAGUCUCGCACUCUCUGUUCUUUUGGGCGACUUUAGCAUUGAUCAAGCUGCCUCGACCGUCUUACCACUCAACAUGUCUUCCGACGCCCUCAAGCUCAUUCUGCACUUUGUGUACAAUGUUGAAAAGGAAACCUGGACUGGGAAACAUGGUGUUACUCUCCAGACCGUUCACGAUGCAGUUCUUGGAUGUCAGCAGUAUAUGAUGCACACUGUCGCUGCCGCGCUCGAAGCACCUCUGAGGGCCAACAUGAAUUCGGAUCCUCUGCUCGCUGCCGUGACCGCACACUUCCCGAUCAUCUCCAAUCCGUCCUUGUGCUCCGACGCGCUCCACUUGGCCUCCAAUUCGCCGGCGACUUUUGCAGCGAGUAAUGCGUCCCGUCGUGCACUUCUCCCUCCCUCGGCGGUCGACCUAUUGUACCAGUACCGGGACAGACUCGAGGAGGUCAUGCGGCGUCAGGAUACGGCUCGAGCCGCCAGUAUACUUGCCGGAUUCAAGAUUGAUGAUCUAGGGUGGGUCGAGUCUGGCGACGACGAUGUUCCCCAUUGGAAGAGCUGUCGGCAUUGGCCGGGGACGGCAACUUUGUUGCAGGAAAAGCUCCACGAACUCAUGCUGAACAUUUUGCGCGGGGUGCGAUCCCCCCGCCAGGUCGAGCUGACCGACCUUGGCUACGGGCCGAGCUACUUGCGGGGCCGACAAGAAGUGACCGUCCCCGAGCCGCCGUCUAUCGCUGCUCGUCGACGAAACUCGAAUGCAGCCGUAUUACAGCUCCAGCCGGGGAUUGUGGAUCCAAAAGCGCGAUCCUUGGGCGCGUACACGCAGACGCCGUCACCGAGCCAUGUUAGAAGUAACGAUUACUUUCGGCACGCUCAUGGUAGUAUCCCAGCUACAAGCGCUACAAGUCCGCAUGCACUUGCUAAUCCCACUCCUACGACCCAGAGGCAUCGACUGUACGGGCACCAGCAGCCACCUACGCCCAUCAGCCAGCAUAUCCCUGCCUGGCAAAUGCUUGAAGAACAGCGGCCCAGAGGAGGUUCGAUAUCUGGCUCGAGCACAGGAGGAGGAGGAGAUGCGGCGGACGAUCCUCUGAACAUACUCGACACGCUUCCAAUCCAAAACUUGCGGCUCUCGGGGAAUGCGCCAGCGUCGGAUUCGAGGUGCGGCUCGCUGCGACGGCCAGCCGCCGGAGGUCUGGGUGGUGGGGCGGGCGGUUUAGACGAUCAACAUGGCCGGAGAACAACAUGGCCCGUCGAUGUUGUACUCAAUCCGAGCGCGAGUGGAAUCGCCAGCAGACGAAACGCGACCGGAACUUUGCUGGGUGGCACCGCUGGUGGAGGCUCCAUGACGGCCGGUGGAACUGCUGGUGGUGGAGAACAAAUACGAACAUCAACAGUCAAGCAUCGCACCGUUGAGCCGGAGUCGACCGUUAGGCGUUGA